AUGAUUCCCGUUACUGCUGUACCACCACAUUCAAUCAAUACACUGGAUCGAGUUGCUUUUUGUAAAAGUGUUCGCGAAAAACGCAAACAACUUCAACUGAAUCAUCAUACUAAUGGAAAGGAUAAUAUCAGUUCUUCAACAGAGAAUGCCUUUCUAACUCAAAUGCUUCAAUCAUCUUCUAUUUCUGCAACAUCUUCAUCUGUUUCGUCAUCAUUAAAUAUUCCGUCACUUUUACGAAAAGGUAAUCUUUCAUCGUCACCAUCUUCUCAUCGAACUGCUACAAGUACACUUACAAAUAUUUUACCGGCUCUACUCAAUGGAACAUUACAAUCACCACGUACCUUUUCACCAUACAAUACGUCAACUAAUAUUGUUACUUUAAAUUCUCCAACAAGUACAAAUACAACAGAUACUCUUGUUGACAUUAAAUGUUCUACAUCAUUACCUGUGUCACCUAUUACUCAUACAUUUAAUAACAAUAAUCCACCUGAUACAUCAAAUCAUAGUGUUAAUAUUUCAACAAGUUGUUCACCACCACGUUGUCGAUCUUAUCCAAUGACUGCUCUAACUAAACGAUCAUCUCCUUCUAGAUCUACUAUUUCACCAUCAGAAUCAAUGCCAUUAACUCAAUCAUUUCCAUCAUCAACAUCUUUACUUGCUCCAGCUUCAUCAUGUCCUUUACUUACGACUAUGAAUACAACAACAACAACAACAACAGCAAUAAUUUCAUCAACAUCUCCAUCACCUGAUGAUACAACACCGAAAAUUGUUCGAUCAGCUUCAGUAAAAUCAUGUGCAUCCGAUUCAGGUGUUUCAUCAUCAAGUCCAUUGUCAGAUAAUAACAUUGUCCAUGUAUUCCGUACAAAUCAUAUUGAACCAAAUAAUCAACCACAAAUAUCAACUGGUAGUCGAAAACGUAAAUCACUUGCUCAUUUUUAUGAUGAACUUAAUAAAGAUAAAAAAUUCUCAAGUGAAACAACAGUUUCAUCAGGUUUCUCUAUGCCAACAUCAACAACAACAACAAAUAAUAAUAAUAAUAAUAAUAACAUUCCAUAUAGUCAACAAGAAGCUCUCGCUAUUGGUUAUGCUCAAUAUGCUCUUAUGCAUACUUUAACACAACAAUUUCGUGUUAAUUAUCCUGCUGCAUUAUUACAUGCAGCAGCCGCAUCAGGUUAUUUACCAUUACCAUCACCUAUGAUGGCUGCAGCUGCUGCUGCUGCUGUAGCUGCAGCUACUUCAUCAAAUGUUAAUACAAAUGGAAAUAAAAUAUCAACAACAGAAAAAUUUCGUGAACGUCGAAAAGUACAACCACAACCAGAAAGUGAUAAUAAUAAUAAUCAUAUUCAAUCAAAUGAUCAACCAUAUCGACGAGAAACAUAUCAAACAUUGCUUGAAAGUAGUCGUCUAUUAGGACAACAACAACAACAAAAAUUACUUAAACCAGUACCAAUUGAUUUACGUAAAAAUAAUGGAACAAAUCGAACAAAUGAUAAUAGUCCUAUACCAUCAAAUUAUCGUUAUUCAUCGUCACCAUCAUCAACAUCUUCACCGAGUUCACCUCUAUGUUCAAAUUCACCAAAAUCUUUAAAUAUUGAAUCAAAUAAUGAUUAUGUUUGUAUACCAAAAAAAUUAAUGCCUGUUAUUGGUGCACGUAUUAAUGAUUGGCUUGAACGUAAUAUUAAUUUUACAUUAUCACUUUCUAUUAUACGAGAUACAUUUGAUGAUAAUAAUAAAGAUAAAUAUUUACUUCUUUCUCGUGUAUGGCAUCGUUUAUUAUUAACAAGUAUGAUUGAAAAUAGUUUUGAAAUAUAUGUUACAAAAGAUUUACAAAUAACAAAUGAUAUACCAUCAUUACCAACAAUAAUUAUACAUCCAACUGAAAAUGAUGUUAAACAAAUUGAAUCAUUAAUAAAUCGUGGUAAAACAUUAGAAAUUGAUGAAAUUGGUUUUAAUCUUAUACGUGAAAUGAUUAUUUAUAAAGAAGGUAAAACAUUAUUUAAUAAUUUCAAUGGAAAUUUAUUUGAAAAAGCUGAAUGUCAAACACAAACAAAAUUACUAACAUGGUGUUCAACACGUGUUAAAUAUUCUAAAAUUGUUUUCUUUUUAUGUAAUAUAUAUCAAGUUAAAGAAGAUAUAUUUGAAAGAUUAUUUUGUGCUGGUUCUAUGCAUCAAAGUACACCUAUUCAUACACAUAUUCAAAGACUUUUAGAAACAUCAAAUUCAAUGGAUGUUUAA